AUGAAACAGGGAAUCACACAUUACAUUUUAAUAGGAUUGAUAGCAUGUGGGCUCUUUGGUGUUCCCCCAACCAGUUUCGCAGGAAAGUGGGAAGAAAAAGCACCCCUGCUAAGGAAACGAUGGGGAUUGGGAACGGAAACGGUCAGUGGGAAGAUUUAUGCCAUUGGCGGGCAAGAUGAUUUACCGGUCGCAGGUAAAAAAGUGGCGGAGUACGACCCGGAGAGGGACCAGUGGACGGAGAAAAAGUCCAUGCCAACGGGUCGAUUUCGACUCGCUACCAGUGUGGUCAGAGGGAGGAUCUAUGUUUUCGGGGGGACUACCAAUAAUUUUGAAGCAGUCCCAACGGUAGAGGAAUAUGACCCCAAGACCGACACAUGGACCAAGAAAGCGGACAUGCCCACCGCGAGGUUGGGGCUCACUGCCGCUGUGGUAGGUGGGAAAAUCUAUACCAUUGGCGGGGCAGAAUCGUUCUUCUUUCCAUCGGGUGCAGUCGAAGUUUACGAUCCCUUAACCGAUACCUGGGAAAAGAGAGCGGACAUGCCCAAUCCGAGAUGGGGUAUAUCUGCUGUCGCGGUCGCCUCCAAGAUUUAUGUCUCCGGCGGAGCGGUUGAUAACAGCCAUCAGAAAUGUACCGAUACGAUGGAGAUGUAUACCCCGAAAACGGACACAUGGACGAAGAAAUCGGAUAUGCCAAUCGACUACUUUAAUGUAGGCUUCAGCUUUUGUCAACAGUGGGAGGAUUUAUGCCAUUGGCGGACAGAAGUGGGAGGGUCGGAACAACGAUGGAAGAUUGAACGAUGGAUGGACACUCCACUGGACCGUCUUUGA